AUGUCUACCGCAAGUCACGAACCGCACGGCCUGAGCAUUUCUGGGUUCGAGGAAAUGUUGAGACGAGCUGUCAGUCAGCGCUCUCGUGUAUACAGCUUUGUCUCAUCACUCUCAAUUCGAUGGGAAAACGACCAGACAAAUGCCGAGGGAGAUUGUAACAAGUUCCGUGAUAUUGUCCAUCUAUUCGGAUUUCCGACGCCCGAACAAUAUGUCAUCCCCCUUGAGGACCGCGCACCGACUAUGGCUCUAAAUCACAAAUUCUGGGGGAUGUUGUGCCAAGCGCUAACAACGAAUGGAAGGGCACUUCUUCUUGUUCAUUAUGCUGGACAUGGGGUAGAAAAGGAAGGAGAGCUUUUCUUUACGUCUGGGAAUCACCGAUAUAGUAUUGCUAUUAUGAGAAUUCUCGCCCAAGUGGACACCAAUUCUCUCUUUCUCUCAUCUAAUACCGAAGUCGACACCGUUUUUAUCUUUGAUUCUUGCUUCAGUCAUGUGGCAACGAGAAAUUCAGUCUAUACGGAACGCAUCGUCGAAGUUCUAGCAGCAACAAGCCCCAGAACACCUUUAGCAAACGCUGCCCAGGGCCGUGCUUCCUUUACCGGGAAGUUGUGGAACGAGAUUAUGGCCAAAAGGGCAGCAGGUCACAAAAGCGUUGAACUGGCCCAACUUAUGGAUACCCUCAUGACAAAUUCGCCACGGGUCACUCCAAGCUACAAGCUACUUGUCGGGGUGCAUUCCCUACGGCUAGAACUUCCAGGAGGAUCCGUGUCCAAUGUUGCCCCUCCCCCUGUCGUUGAACCGGAGUACUUUGCAGUCUUCAGUGUUUAUGUUGCCGAGUCUCUAGCCAAAUCCGCACUUGACACACUCACUGAAUGGAUUCAUGCUUUGCCACGGAAUAUCGGAUUAACACUGGACAAUGUGUACGUAACAUCCUCUAUGCUACUCAUGUUUCGGUCGUCCCGAUACUUAUUCCUUAAGCUUAACGGGUUAAACAACGUUACUUUUGUCCAUUACUUACGGAUCCCGAAUCACGCAUCCCUGGAUAUUCAACACAUUGAAUCAACGAACGCUGCAAAAAUAUGGAUGGUGAGGGAUGGUUUUAGCUCGAUAGUAAAGGCAAUGGCGCUCCAUUAUUAG